CACUUUCCUUUUUUUCGCUCGCGCUCGCGGUCUGGUCGUCGUCGACAUCUUCGCUCAGGCUGCAUUCUCCCCUCUGGCUCUUGCCUUCUCUCCUUCGGCGCCGUUGUUCUUAGGUUCCAACUAGCCUUUCAUCAAUGGCUACACUUCAACCUCUGUUCCGCAAAUCUUCUCAGUUCUCUGUAACCCUACGUUCAUUUGCCACUACUGCAAGGCCUUCCCACCAUAAUGAUCACAAAAGGAACCACAAAUUCCUCGAACCCAGCUCCUUCAUUGGAAGUUGGGAGGCUCCAAAGGACCCAAAGGAGGCAGAGGCUAGGCUUGCCCAGCUCAGAAGAGACUAUGCCAAGCAGGUUAAGGAGGUUCGCAAGGCAUAUAUCCAGGAGAUGGAGCUCAUGAGGCUUGAGAAGCAGAGGAAGGAUGAUGCUAGAAGGGAGGCCAUUAGGGUUGCUAAUGAACAGCGUAAGAAGCUCAAGGCUGAGGUUGCUAAAGUCAAAGCUGAAGAACGCAAGAUUGCCCAAGAAGAAUUUCGACAAACCCUUUUAAAAGAAAGAGCAGAUAAACUUGAAACUUGGAGGAGGAUGAUGGGAAAGCAUGAAGAGAAGAAGAAAGAGAAGAAAGAUUUGUUACACAAGCAAAGUUCACUGUGGAUUGAUGAAUCUGAACUGGAAGAAAAAAUACUGGAAGCUGUGGUCGAUACAAAACUACUUUGAGCCCCUUGCAGUUCCUCAGUUUGAAAUGAAUGGAACCUUUGUUUUGCGGUUAGUGGAAUCUUAGUUCUUUGUUCAAAGCAGCCUCUUAAAAGAGUAGCUUGUGAAUCAGAGUAGGUUUGCAUUAGUGGUUGGGCUAUAAGGAGCGUGAUGUAUGGAAAUAAAGUUCAUGUUGAUGCUUAUUGGAAAUCUUGAAUGUCCUAGUACCAUGUUUGAAGUGAUUUCUAUUCAAAGAGGUAUAGCAAAUGGUCACUCAAUUAAUCAUA